CUGUUUUAAGGUUUGGACGCGUGCCCGACGCGCCGCGACGCCUCUUAGUUCUCAGCGCAUGUGAGUGGGAUCUGCGGUGGCUCCCCCCUCGCGCACUGGACGCUCGCCUCUCGCGUAGGCUUUGGCGUGGAGCUCGUGCAGGACUGGCUGCGCUCAGCGCCACUUCCGGCUUCCGUCAUUUCAUUCUCCCGCCGAUGCGCGCGGCUCAACUCUCUGCGUUCUAUAAGCGAGCGAGCGGCCGACCUGCCAGCACUCACUGACACUCACUCAUCUCAGACCGCGCCAGAGACCGCCGCGCUUUCCACAAACUCUCCUCUUUUCCGUUUGUUACUGUAGUAAUAAAACAAGAAAGCGGACCGGAGGCAUAAAGGAGACAGGGACUUGUGGGAUGAAAACGGGGCUAAAAAGAUUCCUCCUCUCUUGAACAUCAUCUCCAGCCAUCAUUCAUUCAUUACCGUGACAACCUCUGGCUUUGAUUGACAGCUGGAGUGGCAAAAAGCCAUGAGACGCGACAGUUUAGUUACGCGCAGGUUGUUGAUGGGCCGGCUGUAACCUUCAGUUUGGCGCUCGACUUUUUUUCUUUUCUUUUCUGGGGGGCAAAGAGGAAAAGAAGAAUAAUUGCAAAACUCUUCCUGAUGCCUGCGCUCGUUCUCAGCCGUAGUACUGGAGAAUAGGAGAAUUCGGCAAGUUGCUUGAAAAAGGGGAUCUUUCGCGGCGCGUGAGUUUGUGAGCGGACUGGGAAAUUCAAUCUACGACACAGAUCCAGAGGUUUAUUGGAGCGCAGGCUGAUGGCGCAAAGGUACGAUGAGUUGGCUCAUUACGGCGGCAUGGACGCGGUCGGUAUGUACGGGGAUCCUCACGCGCCCCGGCCGCUGCCGCAGGUCCAUCAUCUGAAUCACGGACCGCCGCUCCACGCCAGCCAGCACUACGGCACACAUGCCCCCCAUCCCAAUGUCAUGCCCACCAGCAUGGGCUCAGCUGUCAACGACGUGUUAAAGAGGGAUAAAGAUCAAAUUUACGGCCAUCCUCUGUUUCCUCUGCUGGCUCUGGUCUUCGAGAAGUGUGAGCUGGCCACAUGCACUCCCCGAGAGCCCGGGGUUGCUGGAGGAGACGUGUGCUCCUCAGACUCCUUCAACGAGGACAUCGCUGUCUUCGCCAAACAGAUCCGCGCCGAAAAACCUUUAUUUUCUUCAAAUCCAGAAUUGGAUAAUUUGAUGAUACAAGCCAUACAAGUAUUACGGUUUCAUCUUUUGGAGUUAGAAAAGGUGCACGAACUCUGCGACAAUUUCUGCCAUCGGUACAUCAGCUGUUUGAAAGGAAAAAUGCCCAUAGAUUUAGUGAUUGAUGACCGGGAUGGCAACUCAAAAUCAGACCACGAGGACAUCUCGGGAUCUUCAACUAACUUAGCCGAUCAUAUGGGGAAAACGGACGGAUGGUUCCGCUCUGGCCGUCUCAAGAACCCAGCGUCCUGGAGAGAUCACGAUGAUGCCACGUCCACACACUCGGCCGGCACGCCGGGACCCUCCAGCGGAGGACACGCGUCACAGAGCGGAGACAACAGCAGCGAACAAGGAGAUGGUUUAGACAACAGCGUGGCCUCACCCGGCACGGGCGACGACGACGAUCCAGACAAGGAAAAAAAGCGACAGAAAAAACGAGGCAUCUUCCCCAAAGUCGCCACCAACAUCAUGCGGGCAUGGCUCUUCCAGCAUCUCACACACCCGUAUCCUUCAGAAGAACAGAAGAAGCAGCUCGCUCAAGACACAGGCCUCACCAUCUUACAAGUAAACAACUGGUUCAUUAAUGCCAGAAGAAGAAUAGUGCAGCCCAUGAUUGACCAGUCAAAUCGAGCAGGUUUUCUUCUUGAUCCUUCAGUGAGCCAGGGAGCGGCGUACAGUCCGGAGGGGCAGCCCAUGGGCAGCUUCGUGCUGGAUGGACAGCAACACAUGGGCAUCCGGCCGGCAGGUCCUAUGAGUGGCAUGGGCAUGAAUAUGGGCAUGGAUGGCCAGUGGCACUACAUGUAACGGCUGUACAGUAAAGAAAAGGGGGAAGUGAAUCGAGGCGUGCCGGGGGAGUUCGUACCUCAGCGUGGUCCUGUGGGCAUCACCUCCUCCACCAAAAGCCCCUCGUCUCUUGUGUUUGUCACACCGAUCUCCUCGUCACCCUGCGACCCGUGUGGCCAUGCUAACGCACAGACCCCCUCCUCGACCACGACUCCUCUGACCCCCUGACCACAGCGCUGCUGGACCGGCCGAUGACCGAAGGAACCAACCAAUACUGGACAAUAACCCCACGAAAGAUUUGUGAAGGAAAACAGAAUGCGCUGAAGCAUCCGACAGCAGAAUUAGAAGCUUCUCGUGGAAUUCCAGACGAGCUGUGAUCGUUUUUUAUCUUGUGAAAGUUUGUUACUUUUGUUGCUGGAGGACCAAGAGCUGACAGAAACACUUUGUAAAGUUUUGGGUGUCUGUUCAAAUCAACAGAGGAUGUUUCA